AUGCGUUUUUCAUCCCUUUGGCUGGUUGCUCUUUCCAGCUCCGUCUUGGCUCUUCCCGACGCGUCCCUUGAGCCCUGGGACAUUCACAGCAGCUGCGACCCUCACAAGGAUAUCAUCAAGUCUGCUUUGACACAAUCCAUUGAGAUGGCUGAUGCAGCCAAGUCAUCUCUCGAAUUCGUCCUCAACAAAUUGCCCGACUUUGAUACAGACAAGGACAACCACAUCAAAUGGCAGCGAAUCGCAACUCAUAUUCGAAUGGCCUUUGGUUACAAGAUUCCCUCAAACCCUGGUCCCGCUGAUCGCCGGUACACCGAGGCUCUUCGAGAUAUCUAUGCCAGCGCCGUAAGUGUUCUUCCAAGUGACAAGAACAGCCCUGAACACGGCUACAACCCGACCCUGGCCGCACGCCCGGGCGCAAAGCCUGUGAUCGCGUGCGGCGAUGAUGUCUUCCAGUGGUAUGGACCCGACGAUGAACCUGAACCGGGAGUGGGCAAGGUCAAGGAUCAGCCCCAGUUCCAGGACAGGGUAAAACAGGGCAACCCGUAUCUAGGUGCUUUGUAUUUCCAAGGUCGAUGGCAGUUCCAACGUACGCAAAAGAGCUCGUUGGGUGUCUGUUUCGGAAACCGACAAGCCCUCAUAUCCGCGCACGAUGACGUGAUCAUUAUUUGCAGUGCUAUGACUUCUGAUAGCAUGAAAAACCGAGCAUCUCCCAGAGAUUUCAAGUCUUCGGUUACUUCUGGUACAAAACUCCAAAGCGGCCUUGUGUCGUUCCACACUCAACUUUGGCAUGAGCUUUGUCAUUGGUUUGGUGGUGUCGUCAGUCCUACUCAGCUCGAGCACAACAUCAAGGAUCAGCCAGCCGUCAACAAAGACGGUCAGGUUCUUUACAAGGGAGCUAACGGGAUGGCGGCCUUCGACUCCCCUCCUAGCCCGGCCUAUCUUGCUUCGAAAGGGCUAAGGAAGCAGGGUGCCUACGGUCUUGAGGCCAUGAUGGAGCUGGCAUUGACACACAAGAAAGUCUCAGACCAAUCUGGCCCAGAAAAGGCUACCAAGAACGCUGAUUCACUGAUGAUCUUUUCUCUAAUGAUGUACAACGAUCAGUGGGACUGGACGGUAUACGGAAAGGCUCGUGAUUUGGCACGUCUUACACAGAAGCUUGAGGAAGCUAAUAAGAAGAAAACGGGACAAAACCCGUAA